AUGAACUCCACUGAGUGGGCUACACUUACUGAAUUUGUUAAGUACUUGGGUCGAACUGGAAAAUGUAAGGUUGAAGAAACACCCAAGGGAUGGUUCAUUACAUACAUAGAUAGAGAUUCAGAAACCCUGUUCAAGGAGAAGACGAAGAAUAAGCGAAUCAAGGCAGAUUUGGUAGAUGAAGAAAAACAAGAGAAAGAGAUCCAAAAACAAAUUGAAAGGGCUGAGCAAUUGAUGCAACUAUCUAAUCCAGAGUCCGAUCAGCCUUCACAGGUAGAGACUACAAGGAAACUAAAUGCAGAAGAUGGAAUUAAGAUAGGAUUUUCUCUUGGGCCGUCUGUUAAACCUAUAGCCAAGGAUAAAGGCGAGGCAUUGAGGAUGGCGUUUGAUGAGGCUGACAAAGAGAAAUUUGAGGAAAAGAAUCAUGUGAACAAUUUGAAGAGGAAAGAAAGUGGUGGUGGAAAUCAACUUUGGAUGAAAUGA